GCGGAUCUGUAUAUAUAAACUCGGCCCAUGUCUACAUGUCCAUGCUGCGAUCCAUUCUCUUUGGCUCCUCCCAUUCCGCCUCCGCUGUUCCGCCACCAGCAGCGAUCGCCCUUGUAACUGCGUCAUAACAAAUACUCCCGGGAAUUACAUACAUCCGAUUAGGGACAUGUCCCAAUAAUUCUCCAUGUCUGGGCGCUCUUUCAUUUGCCUCACCAUGUCCACGGCAUCGGUAUCGCAGAGGUCGCUCCUGGUCACGCUGGCGGCGCAGGCCAUGAGCUCGGUGGGAUUCAGCGUGAGUAUCCUAGCAUGGCUCGUCCUCUCUGUCGUGCCAUUACCCAAGCAAGAGCCGCCCGUCAUUCCCGACAAGAAGACGCGACGUCGCUCUGCUCCUGCUGCCCUACCAACACAAGCGCCCCGACGAGACUCUUUGACGCCCUCGCUCCUCACAUCGCAGUCGCCCAAAUCACCCUCCAUCCUCGAUUCACCAGCGCGGACGCGUCGCGUGUAUUUCGCAGACUCCCCAACUACCCCUUCACGACCAGUGCCAUCGUUGCUCGGCAGCUCCAACGAACCCUCCGAUAAGCCGCUACCCGCCUCGCCGCAGGUCAGCCCGAACUCGUCGUCAUCGACACUGGUGCACCCGUACACCACCAUCGCCACGCCGACCCUCGAAACAUUCCGCGAAUCUGCACUUGAAUCUGACUCCUCGUCGACCACGGCAGCCUCACCGCGCCGCCCCUUGGCGCUGUCACGCCCGUUCCAGAAAGCGACGCGCCAUUCCUCCGGGAGCCCUUCCAUUGUUGAGGCGACAGUUUUGCCAGGUUCGUAUACACAGUUCAUCUCGGCUUGUCGAGAUUGA